UACGGUACUCGUACCGGACCAGUACGGUAGCAUCAUCGUCUCCGUACCGGUAUGAGAAAUGAGAACCUCACAUUUCACGUACUGUAAGGUAAGAAAUGUUAUGUACGUACGAGUACACAUGGUACUAACGUUCUCCUACCAUCCAUCAUUUUAUGAUCGCCUAUCGCCUUCCUCGUCUAGUACACUCACAUACCGUAACGACACUACUACGAGUACGUACGUACCGGUACUUGCAAUAGUUUAGUUACUUCAAAGAUGGGGAAAAAUUUAGCUUCGACAAAAUCCAAAAUCCCCUUCAACCAUCCAUAAAAAUUUCUCGCCCAAUUCUUUUCCAAUUCCAGAACGAGAUAUCUCUCACAUCUCACCCCUUGCUCGAAAAAAACAGGACUCAGGAUACAAGAGUACAUAUUCGCAUCGGUGAUGCAUUUGUAUAGUGAAAGACAUCGUUUUUUACAGUAAAUAUAAUUGUUAAUAUACUCUGUUGGGUACAAACAGUUGAAAAGGUUAGACGAGGACUAUGGAUGACGAAGACGAGGAAGAUCCCUUUGACGUCUUCGGCGACGACGACAGCGACAGCGACAAUGACAACGACGCGGAACAGGUGGUGACAAGUAAGGAGUCCAUGGAAUUUGCAAGGUCGCUCGUGGAUGCUACUAACGAAAAAAUAUCUCACCCCAAAUCCGAGUCCGGUAGGUCCACAGCAAUUGUAUCCACGCCGGUAUCAUCGUCGGAAAGAAACGAUAACAACGAUUGCCAGGAUCGUCAGCUGGAAGAUUUAUCAUACCUGAAAGCAUGGGAAAAUAAAUGGCCCGAUCCUAUGUACAAGGGUGAAAUACUUCUCGUUUCACCUCUUCCUGUAGGUGGUGGUCGAGGAUAUGUGGCGACAACACCGAUUGCACCCGGUACUUUGGUCUUGGUUGAGUCCCCUAUGAUGACUUGGCCAGACGAACAAAUUGGAAAAAAACUUGGAAUGGUGUCGGUGAAGCACUUGAUUGAGCACCCCAAUGCCUCCAAGAUUGUUGAUGAUCUAGAAGAUUUUUACCCAACAAAAGAGCAGGUGGAUAGAUACAAUGGAAACGAAGAUGGCACGAUGGAAAUCGGCAGCGACGAGUACGAGCAAAUCCCGAAGAUGAUUCAAUUCUUGAAGUCGGAACUUGCUUCAUCAGCAAAAGGAGAGGAAAGCGGGGAACCAAACAGCAAAGAAAAAGACCAAGAGCUUCUUGAUUUGGUGGAGCUAUCUAAGACACUGCACAUACGCUCACGCGAUAAUACUGAAUUGACCGAGAUUGAUAUAAUACGGUUAUUGCUGGUGCUGCGCUACAAUGGUCUUGAAUCAGGUGUCUAUCGACACGUUGCAAUGCUCAACCAUGACGAUUACCCCAAUUGUGCCAAGUUUUUGCCCACCGGCGGAAAGACAUUUUCGGAAGUCCGCACUACUCGUCGAGUUCAGCCAGGCGAAUCCCUGACCAUUUCGUACCUACCACGAGUCGUAAGCCAUGCCUCACGGCGAAAAGUACUCUGGGAGCAGCACCGAUUUGAUAUUGGCGUAAAACACCUGAAAGGCGAGAGAUACAAGAUGGAAACGAUUGCCUCAAGCCUUCCACCAUCACCAAUUCAGGGAGUCGCUGAUGAAACAUUGACGGAUCGCAUUGAACUCGCCACAGAGGAACUGGAAAAAAUGCAAGCAGAGAUUGAAGCUUCUUUGCAUUUGACUUCCGCGGCGACAUCCGCCCAAACAUUCGAAACAGUGAAAGCCCUGGAGCAAACCGCUCUAGAGCUCUACAAGGAAGCAGGAGAGCAGUUACAAAACUUAAACCACAUUCUGCUGAUUCCGAUAUUAAUCUUGCACAUGGAUAUAUGCGCACUGGUGCUGAGAGACUCGUCUCUCUCAAACUCUGUGCAACUAGGAGUGAUAUCUCGCCAGGUUGUAUCUGCGUAUCACUUGUUGCCGCUGCAGAAGUUGCUGUUGGGAGCCGACCAUUUCGAUAUUGCACGAACGACUCUAGAUCUCGCCGAUUCCGUUUCGCAGUUGCUAUCGAGAUCUGCGAAAACUCUUUAUAAUCUGAACUUUCCUUCGAUGGAUUCCUUUGCGGCCUGGUCUACAUUCGAGCACGAGACGCGGAAAGAACACAACCGAAUCAAAGCAUUGUAUCCUCACGACGUAGAAAAACACAUAAAUGUCUGAAUCCUUUUCGUGAUGAGUCA